AGCUGGCGAUAGAGGGCAGAGCAGACGUGUACAGUUUUCGGCUGUGACCCGUUGUGCGCCGCCCGGAAGGACAAGUGCCGCAUCCGGAUAAAGAUGGCGCCUCCCACGCCGCUCUUGGCAGUACGAGGAUCUGAAGGACUCUAUAUGUUGCAUGGGUCACCUCAUUUUACAGAGCAUACAACAUUUCAAAGGGAUUCUGGGAAAAAUGCAAAAGUGUUUACUUUCAGCAGAGAUGGAUCAUUUUUUGCAUUGGGCAAUGGAGAAAAAGUUUGCCUUGAAUUCUCUCCAAAGAGCAAUGUCCUGGUGACAUGGCAGCUUUAUACAACUGCAAAAGAUGGUGCAGGGGAACCCAACCUUCAACUUUUCAGUGUGAAAAAUGGAAAAUGCUUGAAGUCAUUCAUCCAGAAAAAGUCACAGAACUGGUGUCCUUGCUGGUCAGAUGAUGAAAGCCUGUGUGCCAGGAGUGUUAACAAUGAACUUCAUUUCUUUGAAAACAACGACUUCAGUACAAUUGCAAAUAAACUUCAUCUGCAAAAAAUCAAUGAUUUUGUGUUGUCACCAGGAGAUCAGCCAACCAAGGUGGCUGUUUAUGUUCCUGGAAGCAAAGGAGCCCCAUCUUUUGUAAGGCUUUACCAAUAUCCUAACUUUGAAGGCUCACAAUCUGCAUUGGCAAACAAAAGCUUCUUUAAAGCUGAUAAGGUGAAAAUGCUGUGGAAUAGCAAAGCCACUGCAAUGCUUGUAAUAGCUAGUACAGAAGUUGAUAAAACAGGAGCAUCUUACUAUGGAGAACAAACUCUACAUUACAUAGCAACCAAUGGAGAAACGGCUGUCGUACAACUACCAAAAAACGGUCCAAUUUAUGAUGCAGCUUGGAAUCCCAAUGCCACAGAGUUCUGCGUUGUGUAUGGUUUCAUGCCUGCUAAAUCUACUAUCUUCAAUCUAAAAUGUGAUCCUGUAUUUGAUUUUGGGACUGGUCCCCACAAUGCUGUCUACUACAGUCCUCAAGGACAAAUCUUAGUAUUAGCUGGAUUUGGGAAUCUUAGUGGACAACUCGAUGUAUGGGAUGUUAAAAACUACAAACUUAUUUCCAAACCGCAGGCCUCUGAUUCUACAUAUUUGGCUUGGUGCCCUGAUGGAGAGCAUAUAGUAACAGCUACAUGUUCUCCAAGGCUACGAGUUGGGAAUGGAUUCAAGAUCUGGCAUUAUACUGGCUCUGUGUUAUACAGAUACGAAGUUCAGCCAAAUGCAGAACUUUGGCAAGUUAUUUGGCAACCCUUUUUGGAUGGAGUAUUUCCAGCAAAGCCAGUAACAUACCAUGCUGUUCCAAGCAAAGUGUUAAAUGAGGAACCAAAGACUGCCACAGCCUAUAGACCUCCAGCUCUCAGAAAUAAACCUGUAACUAGUUCUAAACUGCAUGAGGAUGAGCCACCCCAGAACAUGAGAACACAGUCAAAAAGUGGUGAUAAGCCAUUAUCUAAAACAGCUCUUAAAAAUCAAAAGAAGCAUGAAGCUAAGAAGGUGGCUAAACAGGAGGCGAGAGCUAAAGGGAACCAGGAAAUCACUCCAGCUCCUCCAGUACAAAAUGAAUUGAACAAUACAAUAUCCUCUGAAAUAUCGGGAGAUCCUGAGUUGGAGAAAAAAAUAAAAAAUCUUAAAAAGAAACUCAAGGCUAUUGAACAGCUGAAAGAGCAGGCUGCUACAGGUAAACAGCUAGAGAAAAAUCAGAUGGAGAAAAUUCAGAAAGAGGCUACACUUCUAAAGGAAUUGGAAGACUUGGAACUGGGUGUUUGAGCUACAGAAAAUUAAAAUCACAAUUUUCUUUCAUGAAAAUAAAUGAAUGAAUGAAUGAAUGCUCACUUUUAUUACUUCCCAUAUAGAUUAACUUUUUUCUGCCUACUAUCUGAAAAAAAAAUGUAAAAUGUAAAAUAAUUAUAAUUCAGAAGUAAAUCAGUUGCCUUGAUUCCAAAAUAGUAUUGCUGAGAUCCAAAAUAAAGUAUGUUGGAGCACCUAUAUUUUUGGCAAAUGCUAAGUUUAAGAUGUAACCCUAAUGUAUAUUGUUUUUAAACACAGACUUUAACCUUUGGCAUAUAUAUAUGGAGAAGUUUGUAAUUCGAGCAGUGAACCAUGUGAUUUACAUACUGGGGUUUGGUUGUUAUUUUGCAAUAGCUAUUUCAUCAUUUCCUUAUCGUUGUGGUUUAUAUUAAAUAUUACAUACAUACACAUUUUGGUUUUGUAGGUCUCUGAGUUCUUAAAAACAGGUUUAAAACCUAUACAUAUUUGAUGAAAUCAGUUUCCUAAAAUGUAAGCCUUUUUCCACAACAAAUAAGAAAAAGGGAUUGGGCAUUCAGGAACAAAAUGUUUCAUUAACAGAUUACCAUCACUUAUAUUAUAAAGCCAGAAGAAAUAAGAGUUCAUCCAUCUAUCUGUUUUAAAGCAGUAGAGUACCUGGUCUCAAACUGAGAAACUGAUUCACAAGGAGGAUCUUCCAGCAGGAUCCCUUCAGCUUCUAUUCAAUUCAUUUUAAACCCGCCUUUUGCUAAUUGUUCAGUCAUCGGGUGACCUGUAAAGUGAAAUUCCACACUUUAUCAAUCAAAUAAAAAUAUUUAUCUCUA